GGAGCACUUAUUAUAGCCUUUGACAAUGAUUGUACUAUUCCACUCAAUGCUCUUCCAGCUAGCUUAGUCUUGCAUUGUAUAGAGCACAUAUCUCCUGCCCCACUUCAUUGUCACCGGAAAACUCAUCGGAAUCUUCCCGGACAAACUGCAUAAAUUCUAGCUUUGCUCUAAUCCGGGUUCUUAUUCUCCAGCCCAAGAUCUCCCUACCUUUUAUUCCCUAAAACUAUCACCAACCUAACUUUAACGUUAAAGGGAUGGAUUUUGUCACUAAGGGGGACUGAUAGGUUCUAAUGGAGACUAGAACACACAGGCCUGAUUUGCAUGUUGUGCAACAAAGCAGGAGGGAUAAGUUGAGGGUUCAGAACAUUCCAUCGUCGUCUUCUCCUUACCUGGGAGACUAUUCUGGGAAUUCUGAGCACUGGUCCUUGCAAAACCCGGGACAAAACAUGGAUCUUGCUCAGCUUCCUAGUUGUAGGUAUGGGAACAUUUCAUAUGAACAGUCAGUGUUGUCCUCAGAAAUGCUAAAUUUUGGGUCAGAUUCACACUCUUUAGUACCAAACAAGAACAAUGCUGUUACUGUGAAUCAAGAACCGCCCUCGUCUCCACCGGGCGAUAAGGCUGGUGGUGGAGAUAAUGGGCAGUUUAGUAAUAGCUUCAACCAUUUUGUUAAUGUGAGUGGUGAGCCCCAGAAUUGGAAGAGCGUUGGAUCGCAGCAGAUUUGCUGUGAUUGGAAUAAUGUUGGGGCGAAUUAUUCGAGUGGUUUGGGUAGUAGUAGUGUUGGCCCUAUGGCUGUGGGAGGGAGCUCGUCCCGGGGUUUGAUCCCGAAUUGUGUUCCUGUUUCUGGAACUCAUAGUGUGAAGCCGGGGUAUUUCAAGUAUAGUGAAGCGCAAUUGAAUUUGAGUAACACGACGAGUGUGAUUCCUGGACAGUUUGGUCAAAAGCAGUUUGAGGAUAUGCAGUUUAGUGCAUACUGUCCAGAAGUGGUGACUUCGGGGAGCUGCAUUGAGACUAAAAUGACUACCUCUGUGUCGUUGCCAAACCCGAGGGAGAGCGGGCGUGGUGGUUCGUGGUUGGAUUCUCGGAGCGAGCUUCAUCUGCUUCCGGCUUAUGGUGAUCAGUCUAGUGUGUUAUGUGUUAACAGUGAUUCCGAGAUGGUAAAUAGGGCAGUCGAGGGAUGCCAUCAUCAGUGGCACGGUGAAUUUGAACGAGGGUCGCAACGAAAUGACAUCUCGAGCACUCAGGCUCUAUCGCUCUCGCUUUCCUCAGUUGCUCCGUCCAAACCCCAUUUUGGGGCAGUUGGCAGCCAGCAUAAUGUUUCGGGGGACUUGAAUUGUGGCUUCGAUGGCAUGCCCGGGUUGCGGCCCUUGAGGUCCGACUACUUGUGUUCCUCCUCGAAACAAUUGAGUAAAAUGUUGGAGAAUGCUGCUUGUCAAGACACAGUUGUCAGGAAUUCGACUUUAGCUCAUCUAAAUGUGGUGCCAUUUGGUCCUUUCACAGGCUAUGCAACCAUUCUGAAAAGCUCGAGAUUCCUAAAACCGGCCCAGCAGCUGCUCGAUGAACUGUGCAAUUUUUCUGGCCAUAGUGCCCUAACAGUAUCUGCGCUCACCAAGAAAGUUUUGGAUGAAGUCUGUCUUUCGAAUGAUGCCAUCGAGGGUUCUGCUACUUGUCCAGGCGGGUCUAUGGCUGGUGACAACAGCGGUUUAUAUUCAGCUAAUGAAUCCUACCUGAGAUCCGAAUAUCAGCAAACGAGAGUCAAGUUGUUAUACAUGCAGGAUGAGGUUUGCAGAAGGUACAGCCAGUAUCAUCAACAAAUGCACAUGGUAGUUUCGUCCUUCGAAUCGGUGGCGGGUCUGAGUGCAGCUACCCCGUACAUUUUGCUGGCUCUCAAGACUAUCUCGAGGAGCUUUUAUUCCAUUAAAAGCGCCAUCUCAGAUCAGCUCAGGAACAUUCGGAAAACUUUGGGUCAAGAGCUGUUAUCCCAUGCUGGUAGAAGUAAAGGGGAUAGAGUUAGCUCGAGUCUGAAAUUGGCUGACCAUCCGCUAGAAAAGCAGAGAGCUAUAGGUAGCGGGAUGGGCUUUUUGGAUCCCCAACCGCAAGUUUGGAGGCCACAGAGAGGCUUACCCGAGCGUGCUGUUGCUGUUCUUAGAGCCUGGCUCUUUGACCAUUUUCUUCACCCGUAUCCAACCGAUGCUGACAAGCAUAUGUUGGCCACCCAAACUGGCUUAACUCGUAACCAGGUUUCAAAUUGGUUCAUCAAUGCCCGAGUUCGAGUUUGGAAGCCCAUGGUUGAGGAAAUACACAUGCUCGAGACUAAAGCGAUGUCAGAAAGGGGUUCAAAUGUUGGAAAACCCGAAGUGGUCACAACUGCAACAGAAGGCGCAACCCAACCGAACCACAUCCAACACUCGAACGGUUUCACCUUCCCAAACGAAAGCCAAUACUCAAACCGGCUGAGCAUGAGAGGAAUACCGGGCCUGCAAGCAGAAUGCUGGUCGGGGAUUGGCGAAAGAUCACACCCCGCUAGCUGGAGCGCUGCUCAAGAAAAACAAUCGAGGACGAUCAACUGUCACAUUCCUGCAGCUGGUAUGGAUGGACCGCUUAUGGGUUUCGUGCCUUACCAUCAAAACAACCUCGAAAUCGGGGGGCUCGGGUCUGUAUCGCUGACGCUGGGGCUGAGGCAGAGCGCGGGUGAGGGAGUGCAACAGCAACAUGAACCUCAGCAGCUGAGGCAGCAUUUAGGAGGUCAAAUGAUCCAUGAUUACCUUGGUUAAGUCUAGGGUUAUGUUGGGAACUUGGAUUAAAUAAGGAAAACUACAAUUAAGCUGAUUUGAUGAUCCUCUAGUGAUUAAUAGGGUGAAACAUUGAAUUGCUAGAAAGUGGGUCAUGAUUAUCCUCUUUAAACUGUAUGAUAAAUGACACUUGACAAUCAUAAACCUCAAGUGAAAAAAACAUAAAUAUGCACAUGUUAGCAAUCUAUAAGAAUUGAAAGAGCUGCUAUAUUUAGCUCACUUUGGUUGGCAGGUUUAUUUGUUUGUUUCUGGGCUUCUUGUUCUGUAUUCUCCAUUUCCCUUUUGUAAUACAAGCUCAUUAUUUGAUUUAUGAGAAAGCUCGCAAUCCCGUUAUCUUGUA